AUGUUUGGAUACGGUGAAGAGGCAGAAGCUAUUGCAUCUCAGUUGUUCGGUGGAACUCUAGAAGAUGAUAAGAUUGAAGAGGCAAUUAAAAAAUGUAAAACUGAGAAAUCUAAUGCUACCAGAUUGUUGUCACUAAUAGAGUUGAUGACGGAAGAGUCCUGCGAGAAUCUUCAAGUUUUAUAUGCUGUACUUCGAAUGUGUCUCAAAUUUUUAGAUGCCCGACUCAUUGAUCAAUCAUUUGCCUUCGCUUUAAUGGUUCAUUGUAAAUUGUUAUCAUUUUUGCUGGAGGAAGGAUUGAAUGUGAAUAACCGCGGUUCCUGGAAAUAUUUAGCACUUUUACUUAGGAUCAUGUAUGGGGUUCCCGGAUCUAAAAAGGCACUUAUUCGAAUUGUUAGGGAAGAGUUUAAUUCUAGGAUCGGAUUUGUUCUUGAUCAUUUAAGGGACUUCCAACUGGGUAAUUAUAUCAUAGAAUUAUUGUCCGAUUGUUUCCCACGCAAACACAAUGACAAACCAGGAGUGGUGAUGGCACCUAUAUUAUGGCCACAAGAGCCUGAAAAAAACGAAAUAAUAUUUGGAUCCCUUGAAUACCCCUUUAGAGGUAAACACGGUUACGUUCAAGUGACCAAUUUCGUCUGGCAAAAAUAUGGAACACAGUUGGAAAAUGUAUUGAGAGUGAGUAACAUUAGCUACGGCACCAAUGUUGGAAGUUCAAGUGGAAUCAAGAGAUUUAACUCAGGAAAAAAUUCUAAACAUCAGGAACAUUGUUACAUACAGGCAACAUGUGACUGCAUGUACUUGUGGGAUGGUGAGGGAUUGUUUCUAGAACUUGAUAGGCGCUAUGUGGAUGUGGUCAAGACAUUGAAAGGUUGUAUUAGAAUAAACGUUAAGGAUGCCAAUUGCAUUAAAUCUCCUGAUAGAACUUGGUUGAAAGUUUUCCAGAGGACCAAAUGGUUCCAAUUACAAUCAGAAGAUAAAAACGCAUGCGAACAAUUCUAUGCUAACAUAACGAGCUAUCGAAAGGUAAGUGAAGUGCAAACAUUUUUAUUGUUAAACCACGUUGAUGAAGAUGAACAAGAAACGGCACGUUCGACUCAAGACGUUUCACAUAAAGCACAAAGUGAAAAUAGCCAAUUAGCAACCCCAGAUCAUUCUGAUCCAAAGAUUAGAACUGAUGAAUGGGAUAUCAACCUUUCUUCCGAGUUGCAAGGUACUAGAGAGGGAUCGAGAGCUAAGAUAACACCGGAACAUACUGAUGAAAACAAUUUUCCACUAGCCGCCGAGGUUAUCGAACAUGAGGAACAAUCACCAUUGGUAUUGGCACAAAAGAGAAAAAUGAUUAGAGAAACCAGCAGGACAUUGGAACUCUUGAGAAAGGAAUUUGCUCAAGAAACUAAUGCACAGAAUGCUACAAUUGAAGAGAUCGAAAACUGUGCUGUAGCGGAAAGAUCACCAUCUUUAAUAAUCACAAGAUUUGAAAAUAAAAACAGCAGUAACGAUAAGACUGAAGAGACAUCCGCCAAAGGUAAAUCUUUGAAACCACCCCAACCACUACCGCCAUCUUUAAACAAGAAUGUUAAAUCAAUUGGUAAGAAGGAUAUUAACGUCUUGGAUACAAUUUUUGGAACACCACCAUCCAACAAAAAGAAGAAAAGACAAAGAGAAUUAAACAAUUUCAGACCUGUAAUUGAUGUCCCCUCACAGGAUAUACCCAAAGUACAAACAAGAAGUAACAAGAAGAAAGGCAAACCAUUAAUAACAGCUAAAAAUUCAAGCCCUCCCAAGGCUAAAGAUGAUUCAGAUCCAUCUAAGCCCGAAAAGAAGAAGAAACAGCAAAUGCAUCCACCCAAAGCCCCACCUUUGAAAAAGGCUAAACCCACUCCAGAAACUGCUAAAGAACCCGAGCCGCCAACCCAGAUUCAAACUCAAAAAGAAUCACCAACACACAUCCCGGCAGAAGAGGUAGCAUUAGCUUCUGCCGCAAUACCAAACCAAGUCCCACCAGUUGCUAUAGAUACUUCUCUCAUGAGUAGCAAUGUUGAUAAGAGUAAUAUGAGUUUCGAUUCAACCACUGUUGUAGCACCUUCUUCUAAUCGAACACCAUUUGGUAUCAACAGUGCAUUUACAGAUAAACUGCAAGAACAGAUUUAUGGUUCCAUUACACUAUUCUCUAAUGAGUUGCUUAGGAAGAUGACUAUCAUCAAUAAAGAAUUAAACGUCAAGAUUGUUAAAGAAUUAUCAGAGAAAUACCAAAACUUAUUCCAAGAGCUACAGGCAAGUUUCCGUAACGACACCGAAGAAAUGUCCAACUUUGUCGGCGAAAUUAAGGACAUGUUAAAUCUCCCGGAAGAACAAUUGGUACAAUUCAUCAGAACAAGGAAAUUUGGAUCUCAGAGUUAA